AUGUCUGGACGAUACGAACGAGUCAACGCUCACGACGCAGACGACGUCGACAGUCCCAUCGACGCCCGAAACCGCCUUGGUCCCAUCCCCAACUCCCCACCGCCCUCCUUCCACUCCCGAGCCUCCUCUCCCACAAGAAACCGCCAAGUCGAUCCCACCCUCGCCGAUGCCUUUGACGAUGAUGACGAUAGCGACGAUGAGGUGGACGACCGGAGGCGGCUGAUGCGACACAACACAACCUCUGCGGCUUCCUCGACCGAGAAUAUCAGCACGUUACAACCCCCAGUUCAACCGGCUGCCCCGGUACCUACGCCAUCUGGGUCAAGGCCGACGAGGAUCGUGGGAGGAGGACACGGAUCUGAUGGUGUUUUUGCCAAUCUGUCUGCGCGCCCCGAGAGAGGCAGCAGCGACCCCGAGAAGGACGAGCAACCACCGUCGUACGAACAAGCCGCUGCCGACGCCGCUCCCCCAUAUUGGGAAACCACUAUUCUCGCCCCGGGCAUGGGCGGUCCCGAUGAGGUCUACAUCGACGGCAUGCCUGUUGGAUCCUUCUUCUCCUUCAUGUGGAACGGCAUGAUCUCAGUAGCCUUUACGCUCGUCGGCUUCCUUCUCACCUACCUCCUCCACUCGACCCACGCUGCCAAGAACGGUUCCCGCGCUGGCCUCGGUAUCACCCUCAUCCAAUAUGGUUUCUACAUGAAGGGUGUCUCGGACGACGAACCCCCAGCGAUGAGCGGACCCGACGGCUACGCUGCGCCUCCCAACCCCAACUCUCACGAAUUCAAGCAAAGCGACGUGACGGACGACGACAUGGGCAGCAUCAGCGGAGGCGAAUGGUUGGGCUAUGUUCUUAUGGUCGUGGGCUGGUUCCUCCUCAUCAAGAGCGUCGCCGAGUUUCUACGAGCCCGCCGACACGAGCAACUGGUCCUUCAAAGCCCCGACCGCGGCCUGGGCGUUCCCAUCAUUGCCGAGACGGAACCCAACGAGCGUGUGGUGUAA